GAAAUUUGGUGGUGAUUGCAGGAGAGCAUAAAAAUAUAUCUUUCUUAACAAUGGGACAUGGAACAGUGAUGUUAAAUGGACACGAUCUAUUUUUAACAGCAGAAUUGGUUAAAAACGCUUCCGAAGUACUGCAAUAUCAUAAAACCAGUUUCCAUGAUUCAAUUGGUGUACUAAACCGACUGAACGAUUUUAUUCAUGGAAAAGAGGGAAUUGCACGUAGAAUGGAUUUGAUCGAAUCUAAAGCUUCACUGAAAGCAAACAUUUCUCAAAUCAACGAACGUGGAAGCAAUGCCAGAAAAACAGUUAUCAAUAGAAGAAUAUCGCUUCUUAACGGCAAAGUCCGCAGACUAAUAAGAUUAUUAAAUAUAGACGAAUGUGCAAGUAAUCCUUGUCGGAAUGGUGCUAAUUGUAAAGACAUUUACAAUGGAGUAUUAUGUUUUUGUACUGACGGCUGGGAGGUAUGAAACUAAAUA